CCUCCUCCCCCCCCUCCUCCUAAAAGGCACUGUCGCUCCCUCUCAGUACCUGAGGAUUUAUCUCGCUGUCGAUACACCUGGAGACCGAGCGCCUCAAGAGUCUGGACCCCCGUCAGCAGGACCCCCUGCCAUGGGGGCGGGGUUGGGGGCGGGCCUUAUUCGUCAGGGGGAGGAGCCUCUUCAUCAAUGGGAGGAGCCUGUCGUGCACCAAGCUCCUCCCUGAAUUCGUCCCUUCACUCCUCGUCUUCGCCCACCUUCUUCAGUCUGGCGUUAUCUCCGGACAGCCCGUUGCCAUGGAGCUUCCCGUGGGACCCCAGUGAAGCGGCGUCAGGGGGCGGAGCCUGUUGCUGCUUCUUCCCGUCAUCCUGUAGCUCCUCCCCCUCCCCUUUGAUCCCGCCCCCUCCCCCUCAGAGGCGUUUCUCCCUCUCCCCGGUGUUGAUCAGAGACUCUUUAGGGGGGGCAUCGUCGUCCACUUCGUCCUUUUUGCCGCCACACCCCCCUCCAAUUAGGCCACGCCCCCCCAGUGUGACAGCGGGAGGGGGCGGGGCUCUAAUAGGCGCCUCCCCUUCCUCGGCAUGCAGCACCCCCUCCUCCCUGAGGCGCUCCCUGCCCCCCCCCUUGCCUCGCUGCCACUCACAGCCCUGCGACCUCCUGCUGCUCAAACCCGGGCUAAAGAGGCGCCGCGACCCAGAGCGCCCCCCCGCACGCCCCCUGCUGGACUUCACCAAGAUGACACAG